GGUGCCUGCCCGCCCUCCACAGGGCGGGGAAAGGGUGGGCCAGCUCCCCUGAGCCCCUGGGGGAACGGGCUGGGGGGAAGGAGGGUGGUUUGUGUGAGAUGGGGGGCAGUGGCGGCCACAGCACAACCUCCAGAGGUGACCGCCUGGUUUCCAUUAAGGAACCCUGGUCAGCAGUUCGGGCGAGACAGCAGAGCGGGGCUGGCUAUGCGACUGAGCCUAUUGCUGCUGCUCCUGCUGCUGCCUGGCCUCCCACCCGCCCUUGGCAUGGAGGAUGAUGCCUCCUUCCCCCACCUGGGGGAGAGUUCCCAGCCCCCACCUCGGGCCUGCCCCCCACGCUGCUCCUGCCCCCGGCCCGACACGGUGGACUGCGACGGCCUGGACCUCCGGGUAUUCCCGGACAACAUCACCAGGGCUGCUCAGCACCUCUCCCUGCAGAACAACCAGCUCCAGGAGCUCCCCUACAACGAGCUGUCACGUCUCAGCGGACUGCGGACCCUCAACCUCCACAACAACCUCAUCUCCUCUGAGGGCCUGCCCGACGAGGCCUUCGAGUCGCUGACACAGCUGCAGCACAUCUACGUGGCCCACAACAAGCUCUCUGUGGCCCCCCAGUUUCUGCCCCGCUCCCUCCGGGUCGCUGAUCUGGCUGCCAACGAAGUGACUGAGAUCUUCCCGCUCACGUUCGGGGAGAAGCCGGCGCUCAGGUCCGUGUACCUCCACAACAACCAGCUGAGCAACGCCGGCCUGCCCCCUGACGCCUUCCGCGGCUCCGAGGCGGUGGCCACCCUCAGUCUCUCCAGCAAUCAGCUCAGCUACGUGCCACCCAGUCUGCCGCCCUCACUGGAGCGGCUCCACUUGCAGAACAACCUCAUCUCCAAGGUGCCCCGAGGAGCCCUGAGCCGCCAGACCCACCUCCGUGAGCUUUACCUUCAGCACAACCAGCUGACAGACAGUGGCCUGGAUGCUACCACGUUCAGCAAGCUGCACAGCCUGGAGUACCUGGACCUGUCCCACAACCAGCUGGCUGAGGUGCCCGCCGGCCUGCCCCGCACCCUGGCCGUGCUGCAUUUGGGCCGGAAUCGCAUCCGCUGGGUGGAGGCGGCCCGGCUGGGCGGCCUGCGGGGCCUGCGCUACCUGCUACUGCAGCACAACCAGCUGGGGGCCACGGGGCUGCCAGCCGGAGCGCUGCGGCCGCUGCGGGGCCUGCACACGCUGCACCUCUAUGGCAACAGGCUGGACCGAGUGCCCCAGGCGCUGCCCCGCCGCCUACGGGCCCUGGUGCUGCCCCACAACCGCGUGGCCGCGCUGGGCGCCAGGGACCUGGCCUCCACACCCCGCCUGGCCGAGCUCAACCUGGCCUACAACUGCCUGGCCAGCGCCCGCGUGCACCUCCGGGCCUUCCGCCGGCUGCGGGCCCUGCGCAGCCUCGACCUGGCUGGCAACCAGCUGACCCAGCUGCCCUCCGGCCUGCCCGCUGGCCUGCACACCCUUCGGCUGCAGCGCAACCAGCUGCGGGCCCUCGAGCCGGAGCCGCUGGCCGGCCUGCACCAGCUCCAGGAGCUCAGCCUGGCACAUAACCGCCUGCGUGUGGGUGACAUCGGGCCUGGCACCUGGCAUGAGCUGCAAGCCCUGCAGGUGCUGGACCUCAGCCACAACGAGCUGUCCUUCGUGCCCCCUGACCUACCCGAGGCCCUGGAGGAGCUGCACCUGCAGGGAAACCGCAUCGGCCACGUGGGCCCUGAAGCCUUUCUCAGCACACCACGCCUGCGUGCCCUCUUCCUCAGGGCCAACAGGCUUCACAUGACCAGCAUCGCACCUGAGGCCUUCCUGGGCCUCCUGCACCUACGCGUAGUGGACACGACGGGGAACCUGGAGCCAGUCUUGGUCCACCUGCCGCCCACAGCCCCACGUCGGCCACGGGCAGCAGGCCCCUGAGCCUAGAGGACCUCGGCAGAGCAGCCCAGACCCCUGGGGCUCUGCGGGGCAAUGGACUAAGGAGACAGCGCCCACCCAGGGCCUCGACCUGGCUCUCCUGGGCCUGGAGGGCUGGGCCUGCCCCUCCUGUGCUGGCGGGGCUACUGCGACGGGCCACCACCCAGCACAAGGGAGCCCAGGAGACGGGAGCAGGCCACUUGCACACUGGGCGAACAGGCAACUCGGGCCCUGCUGGACACUCCCCCACUGCCUGUGAUGGACACAGCAACAAUAAAGCCUAGCCCCGGCCUUC